AUCUUUCUGAAAAAGAGACUGACUGUAAGCGGGUGAAAGGAGAAUGGAGGACUUGGUUGCUGCAAUCAAAUUGUACUCAGACGACAAAAACUGGACACAACUCGUGGAAUGUAUAAACUCUUCAGUAGAAACAAUCGUGAAGAAUGCUUCUAAAAUAGAUGCUGCUAUUGAUGCACUAGACCCUGCUCAGCAUACCAUUGGCUUUUUAGGAAUACUGCUAAUAAAGAUCGAUUUACCAAAUUAUGGAGAUUUUGAAUUAUUGUUCACACAGAUCAAGAAUUUUAUUGAACUGUGUUCUCAAGAGCAAUUGCCAAUUGUUAUAGAAAAAUUUAUCCAUAUUUGUCAUUUUGUCACACGAUGUUUGAUUGACAAGAAGCAAACAGGUAGAGGUAUAAAACUGAUGACAACAGCAAUCUGCAAAGCAAGGCAACAUGAAAGCCAACUAACCUCCAUACAUUCUGACCUGCUUCAGCUCUGUUUGUUGUCUAAGAAUUUCAAACCAGCAUUGAGGUUUAUGGACAUUGAUGUCACUGAUAUACAUAAAGAGAAUGGCCAGUAUGAUUCCAGGUAUUUUCUUCUCUAUUAUUACUAUGGGGGAAUGAUCUAUGCUGCGGUAAAGAAGUAUGACAAUGCUCUGUUCUUCUUUGAAGUGGCUGUAACAACUCCAGCAAUAUCAGUCAGCCAUAUAAUGCUAGAGGCUUAUAAAAAGUUUAUUCUUGUUUCUACCUAUCUUCAUGGAAAGAUAGUAACCCUUCCAAGGUAUACAUCUGCUGUGGUACCAAGAUUUUUGAAGGCACUUAGCUCUGCCUAUGUAGAAUUAGCAAACUCUUAUGGUUCACACGAUCCUGACCAGCUUCGAUCGGUUGCAGAAAAGCAUCAUCAAGUCUUCCAAAGGGAUAAUAAUGCAGGGUUGCUGAAGCAAGUCAUAGCAUCUUUAUAUAAACGAAACAUCCAAAGAUUAACAAAGACAUUCAUCACACUUUCAUUAAGCGACAUGGCCACCAGAGUAAAACUUGAAAAUGCCCAGGAAGCCGAAUCUUAUUUACUUGAAAUGAUUGAAGAUGGGGAAAUUCAUGCAACUAUUGAUCAAAAAGAUGGUAUGGUGAAAUUUCACGAUAGCGCUGAGAGAUAUGAUUCUUCGACAGUAGUAAUGAAAAUAGAUGAAGAGAUUCGAAAAUGCAUGAUUUUAGAUGAAAAGCUACAAAAAAUGGACAGAGAAAUAUCAGUUAACCCACAAUAUGUCCAGAAGGUUGUUGGGCUACAACAGUUAGACGAUCCAAGUAAAGGAGACGAGCUUAUGUCGUAAAACAGAGAUAUUUUGCUGUUAGAACAGUUGUAGAGCUUUCAUCAAGAUUCCAUACAAAAUCAAUAGUGCAUUGUAAAAACCAAUUUAGAACUAGCUCCUUGUAUUUGACAUUUGUUAAAUAAUUUUUGUUUAAUCUUGAAGAGAGUAAAAGUACUAUUAAAAUUGUUACUUUGAAACUUAAUACAACUGAAACCAGUGCUGCUAAGUUGUUGACAAAUUGUCUUCACCUCAAUUGUAAA